CAGUGCUGAGGGGGCGCGGCGCGGAGGGGCGCGGAGCCGGGAGGCUCGCGGCCCAGAGAGCGCGGCGGCCGGGAGCCCGCCGGCCCCUGACAGCCCCCUCCCCCCGGCGGACGACGACUACGACUACGAGGACGCCGGUCAUGGCGGAGCGGCGAACCGAGCGCGGGCCCUGAGCACCACCGCAUGGAGCGGGACGAACGGCCGCCUAGCGGAGGGGGAGGCGGCGGGGCCUCGGCGGGGUUCCUGGAGCCGCCCGCCGCGCUCCCUCCGCCGCCGCGCAACGGUUUUUGUCAGGACGAAUUGGCAGAGCUCGACCCAAGCACUAUUUCUGUUCCAGAUGAUCGGGCUGAACAACGAACCUGUCUCAUUUGUGGGGACCGCGCCACAGGCUUGCACUAUGGAAUCAUCUCCUGUGAGGGCUGCAAAGGGUUUUUCAAGAGGAGCAUUUGCAACAAGCGGGUAUAUCGGUGCAGUCGUGACAAGAAUUGUGUCAUGUCUCGGAAGCAGAGGAACAGGUGCCAGUACUGCCGCCUGCUCAAAUGCCUCCAGAUGGGGAUGAACCGGAAGGCAAUCAGAGAAGAUGGCAUGCCUGGAGGCCGGAAUAAGAGCAUUGGGCCUGUCCAGAUAUCAGAGGAAGAGAUCGAAAGGAUUAUGUCUGGACAGGAAUUUGAGGAAGAAGCCAAUCACUGGAGCAACCAUGGUGACAGCGACCACAGUUCCCCUGGAAACAGGGCUUCAGAGAGCAACCAGCCCUCACCAGGUUCCACACUGUCCUCCAGUAGGUCUGUGGAACUAAAUGGAUUCGUGGCAUUCAGGGAUCAGUACAUGGGAACGUCUGUGCCCCCACACUAUCAAUACAUACCGCACCUUUUUAGCUAUCCUGCCCACUCGCCACUUCUGCCCCCACAAGCUCGCAGCCUGGAUCCCCAGUCGUACAGUCUGAUUCACCAGCUGGUGUCAGCCGAGGACCUGGAGCCACUGGGCACACCCAUGUUGAUUGAAGAUGGAUAUGCUGUGACUCAGGCAGAGCUGUUCGCCCUGCUUUGCCGCCUGGCUGACGAGCUGCUCUUUAGGCAGAUUGCCUGGAUCAAGAAACUGCCUUUCUUCUGCGAGCUCUCAAUCAAGGAUUACACGUGCCUCCUGAGCUCUACAUGGCAGGAAUUGAUCCUGCUGUCCUCCCUCACCGUUUACAGCAAGCAGAUCUUUGGGGAGCUGGCUGAUGUCACUGCCAAGUACUCACCCUCUGAUGAAGAACUACACAGAUUUAGUGAUGAAGGGAUGGAGGUGAUCGAGCGGCUUAUAUACCUGUAUCACAAGUUCCAUCAGCUGAAGGUCAGCAAUGAGGAGUAUGCCUGCAUGAAAGCGAUUAACUUCCUAAAUCAAGAUAUCAGGGGUCUGAGCAGUGCCUCGCAGCUGGAACAGUUGAACAAACGAUAUUGGUACAUUUGCCAGGAUUUCACCGAAUAUAAAUAUACACAUCAGCCGAACCGUUUUCCUGACCUCAUGAUGUGCUUACCUGAGAUUCGAUACAUUGCAGGAAAGAUGGUGAACGUACCCCUGGAGCAGCUGCCCCUCCUCUUUAAGGUGGUGCUGCAUUCCUGCAAGACAAGUGUGGGCAAGGAGUGACCUGUCCCCAGCACCCCUCCUCCGGCCAGCCACAACGCCUGGGGUGGGCAGGACGGGCUCCAGAGGAAAGAGCCAGAGAGACCAAGGUGGAGGCUGUGGAGCAGCGUUGCCAAUUGCCUCCAGAGCAAGAAGAGUGUUUGUUUGUUUGUCUGUUUUUUUAACCUCAUUUUUCUAUAUAUUUAUUUCACGACAGAGUUGAAUGUAUGGCCUUCAACAUGAUGCACAUGCUUUUGUAUGAAUGCAGCCGAUGCAUUUCCUUGCAGUUUACAGAAUGUGAAGAUGUUUAAUGUUACAGUGUUGUCAUUGUUUAGAGAUAGUUCUUUUGUAUUUUGAGGGAGAGGGUGGGAUGGGGCUGAGAUGACUAUUUCCAUAAUGUUGACAAAGAUGACUACCUCAGUGGAAAGGGAGGGGUGUGACCAUCCCUACUUUUUCUGCAAUUUCUCAGCAGACUCAUAUAUCUGUCAGAGAGCGAACUGCCUUUUUCUAGCCGCAGAAUUGACAGGUAAAAGAGCACACUGUAAAAGGGAAAGUAGUGUGCGGAGGUUUACCUGGCAAAGUGUGUGCGACAUUGGGGGCAGGGCAGGAGAUGAGGAUUUAGCCAUCUCUUUUCUUUGGAAAGCAUAAAAGCUGAGAGAGUCAGGCAUGGUGACCAAAUCUAGGUUAGGUGUCCUCCCUCCAAACAAGUCCUCAGGGAGAAGGGUUUCUAUUCUCGCACCACUCUGGGGGGCUCCGCUCCCCACCAUCCAUAGCACCACUACUGAUUUCUGCCACUGUCACUUUUUCUCCCAGGCAAAGUCCUGGCAAUAAGCUAAGUCUUGGGGCUUGCCUCCCAGCUCCGUCGGGGCUCACGGCUACCUAGAUUCCUCUCCUGGAUCUGCCAAGACCUGCUGUCCUCAGGCUCCUUGCCUCUCCCUUAUAAAUUUGACUUCCUAUUGGCCCUUUGAAAAAACAACCAUACCAAUUGUCAUGAUCUGAAUCCUGGUGCCCACUACUGAUUUAUUCUCCUUUCACCUUCAAAACAUAGUGUGACAAAGGCCAGACUGCUAAUAGAAUGAACACUUCUCCUUUGGAAUUCCCUGCUUCUUCCCCACCCCAUCCCCUUCCACCCUCAGGUCUGAAUCCAAAACUACACACAGCCUCUUUUUCAAGCAGUAGGAACAUUUACGCAUCUGCCGACCAGAAUUUUUGCCGCUACAUUCUGCUCCAGGCUCUCCUGAUCUCUCCAAAAUGAGUCCAGGCUUCCUCCGAAGAGAAAGCCCAAGGUCCAGAAUGGCUCAGUUGCCCCUUAGAGCCUGGCUGACCGAGGCCUGGAGGGCUGGAGUCCAGAGCUCCUGGGAGGGAAGGGGGGCUUUAAACUACCUCACGUUCCUAAAGGCCUGGCUGCCCCUCUGCAGAUACGGCCUGGACCCCUUGUUCUUCUACUACCUGCCCCGCCUAGCCCCGGGAAGUGUUUCUUACCCUCUUGGCUUUGACCAGUGGUCACACCAGGUCUGUCGUGGAACUCUUUCAGGUGUUUUUCUCUUCUCUGCCUCACUGCAGCAAUUGUCGCUGCCUAAACCCGGGUACCUCCCAGAGCCAGUGUAGCAGACAGACCACGUAGCUGGGUACAGACCUUGGGUGGGCCUGAGGGGCCUACAGCACCUCCUUUUGCAUAUUUAGUCAAAGGCCGUUUGCUCUCUUCCCAGCUCAGCCUAGCACACUUACUCAGAGGGCCACCAUACUGCGUGCGUAUCAGGUAGUCUGUAAUUGUGAUUUUUCCUUUCCGGUGAAAUGUUACGGGUACCAGCAGAGUGAUGAUUUUGUCACUUGAUGGAUCUAAAACUCAGAGCAUUACUUGUCAGUGCUGUUUCCUCAACGACUCUUGAGAAAGAAAGAAGAAACAUGUUCCUCAGGAAAAGCUUCAACCAGAAUGUUUUUCACAUGUCAGUGGGAAGAUUUUUGAGUGUAUAUCUGUUUAUUUCUAAGUUCACAACAUUUUUGUUUUUCUGAUUUUUUAUUUAACCAACUAGAUAACAUUCUUUGGCUACAGGUCAGACUCCAAGCCACUUUCCUCAAAAUAGGGGAGGGUGCACAUUUCAGGGACCCCUUCUCCAAGACAGCUCCUGUGUGCAACAUCUCUCUUUGCCAGAUCUCCAUCGGUCAAGUUAUUAGUAUUUUUUGAAAUUGCUUUUCUCUUAAUUAAGCAUUUUGCCGGUUGUGUUGGGUAUCAAAGGAAAAUUGCUCUCUGAUGAGGCAAGAACACAUCUCUUUAAUAAUGCAGCAUUAAACAGAGCAAGUUGUUAAUUUGUAGAGUGGGGGAAAGGUUCUGCAAGUUGCCAUUGUACAAAUCCAUUUUUACAAAUGUUUGCAGCAGAUUCCGCAGAACAAAGAGCCCAUUCAUUGCCGAGAGCCCUGCAGAAUCGCUGAGCCAAGUGGCCGUGUGUUCUGAGCCGGAGCCUGACCUGUGGACCGCCUUUAAUGUCUUCUGCACCCAGUCCUUUUAUGACAUGGGCUUUUUUUAAACAGGGUAAAGUGACUGUGUUGCGUCGCAAACUCAGGUAUUAUGAGAGGAAGGUAGGAGUAUAGCUAGCAGCGUGGAGACAUUAGGUCAGCCACUAGAUGUAUUUGUGAAUUCAGUUUGAAGGACACAGAGAAAGGUUGGAGGGGGAGGUUUGGUGUGUUUGUUUUUUGCCUUUCUUCCCAUAAUGUUUGGUUAACAGGUAGCCUUUUUGCUAGUGGAAAAGAAAAAAGUUGUGCGUGUUGUCUCUAAUUCCCCUCUCUUCUGUCCUCUCUCUGAUCCCCUGCCACCAACAGCACUCACUUUGAGUGAGACUUUUUCCACCAUGAAAAGACGACCAUGAAAGCUGUGUGGUAAAGGAGAGUCCUGCCUCCUUGCGCUGCACUGAAACAUACAAGCCUUUCCCUUCCUUUCCCUUUAGAUGUUUCCUUGACCCAAGACAAAGGUUUGGAAUCUUGGAACUUUAACUACAGCUCAUGCUCUCUGUCUCCUUUGUAGACUUUUGGAGUCUUUCACAAGGUUUGGUGGUCUUGUCCUGAGUCUGGAGAAACUCGCCAGAACCUGUCUCAAAGCACUCCACCUGGCUCAGAGGAUCCCCAGGCCCUAGCCCGAUCCAUAAGUGAGGUGGGAGAGAGAGAAGGCAGCAGGCAGGAGCUUCUCUGCCCUGGUCCCAGAUCCAGAGGGGGGAAUGGAGGGAACCUAGGGGUCUCCACGACAUCACUGACAGUCACCCACUCCACACCAUCCUGCCUCGCACCUGCCACCCCUUCUCAGGGAAGAGAGUCCUGCCGUGGCCGGUGUGCCACCAGGUCCUAAGAGCCCUGGGCUCUCUGAGCUAGCUGCUUUGCUCUACUACCUGUUUCCUACCUUUGUUUGUUCUCAGUUUUCUGGGGAAUGGGACAGAUGGAGACAGACAGACCCAGUAUGGGCAACAUCUAGGCCAUGUCCAGGGUUGGCCAAAGUGAAGGGACACUGGCCUCCCAGCAGGACAGGAAGCUGAGCAGUGGUUCCAAGUCUUUAGCUCUGGGCCCCUGGUCUAUGUCUUUUUUUCCAUGUUGCUUUUUAAAUUUUUGCAAUUGUUUUAAGAAAUCCAGUCUUUUAGAUCAGCCUUUUUAUUAAACUUUAAAUUUUUCUGUAUUGAUAUUUUUAAAAGUAAAAAACAACCCCCCCCCCAAAAAAAAAGCCAGAAAACAAACCAAAAAAAAAAAAACUAUAAACAAAAAACCCACCACUGUUUCCCCGACUUGAUCCAUAAGGGUCCCCCUGCACUCCCCUCUGCCUUUGCAGUUGAUCAUCCCUCCCUUUUUCCUCAGCUUGAAGCAUCUACGUGCAGUGUCUGUUAAAUGAUGUUUUAUCUGUGUCUCAGGAUAAGAAACGGCAAUCAUUCCACCAGGUGCUGGAAACUGGUUAGCCUUGAGGCAAGGGUUUCUAGGGCCACAGCUCAGGGAUGUGUAUUUAAUUACAGGGUCCCCAGAAACCCCUCUUUUGGCUACCACAAGCAACGACUUCUUUUCUGGGCUUGGGAGCCAGACCUGGACAGUUUCCUCAGAGGCAGGGGCCCCCCCUUUGGCCAGAGGUGGGCUGCCUUGAGACCUGAAGUCCUCUGGCUGUCCUGCAACAUGAGCUGCAGUGGUCCCACCUCUGCCAGCUCACCAGAUGCCUGAUCCCUCUGCCCAGUCCAGUCCCCGUCUGGUCUGCCUCCCCUGUGCCUGCAGCCCUGAAUGAGCCGCAGCCUGCUCAGGAAUCCAUUGCAGACUCAAAGGGAAGCUGUGAAUCAGGCCGGAGCUUGCUCCAAGCACAAGAAAAAAGUUGGUUUACUGGUGGAGGCUAGUCUUCCAGAUCCUGGAGCCAGCCCUGCCAGCCAAAGGAUCAUUUUUGCCCUUUGGCGACCAUUGUUUUCUCUGAAAUGUCUUAUAAAAUAGGUGAUAAUGUUGUUGACUCAAAUUUCCAUGAAAAAGAAAAAGAAAAAAAAAAAAACUACCUCUUGAGUGACAUCCUGGUCGAUUCCUCUCUGAAGAAUCUUGUGGGAAAAGAAUACUGUAGCUCCUGCUCUGUUUACAUGUUUCUGUCGGGAAAGAAACCUCUCCUGCCCUGGGGUGUUGGUGUUUUUGUCUGUGUUGCCAUCCCAGGCCUGCGAUAGGGGCUUGUGGCUGCGUUGUAAUGUCUGGGCCAUGUCUGAGGAGACCUUCCCACCUGCCCAGCCAGGGACUGGCCACCCCUUGAAGAGGCCUCCAUUUCCUUCCUGUGAUCCAAGGCACAGGGGAGUGCCGCCUCCCAUGACACCACCUUCAGGAGCUCUGGUGGCAUGUGCAUCCGUGAGCCUACCUCUGGGCUGCCCACCCAGUGCCCACAGCUACCCACAGUCCUGUACAGGAAUCGAGUAAACAGGAUGUCUCUGAGCCCUUGUCCCCAAAGGGCCGGCCAAGGGCUGCCCGCCAAGCUGGCUCCAUCAGCCCUGCGUGACCAAAUGGUCGUUGGCGGGCUCUGCUACCCAGGCCCUCUGCUACCUCCCACCCUGCCAUCUGGCAAGGGAUGGGCCCUUUUCUGUGAAUUGACUACCUGUGGAAAUGUGACCAAUUAGUGUGAAAUGCAUGUUUAGCAAAUGUUAGGUACUGUAUUUGAACCAAUAAAUGUGAAUCCUUCUGCA